AUAAUUUCCUUUACAGGUCUUGAGUACGGUAGAUCUACACGAUCACAGGAAUCCUUGGAUUAUCCUCUGUACAGCUCUGCAUACACCUUGACCAGGUUACCAUACUUUUAUCAACCAAGUUGUAUGACAAUGUAAAGCCAGACUACAUCUUCACAGACCUGUGAGCGUUUGGGGUUGCAACUUAAAACCAUUGAAACUUUAACAGUACCGUACCUGUUCUGUUUUGAACAUUGUCAGAAAAUUUGCUGACAAUGUGAUCCUGGUUCUGCACUCAUAGAAACAGUGUAGCCAGGUUUGGAGUAUUAAACAAGAUAAAGCACUAAAACAUUUAUUGUGAAGCAUUCAGGCCGUCCACCAUGGCAUACAGACAACCCCCACCGCCGCUCCAUGACGAGCAGAUACAGGCUGCGAUGAGCAUGGCCGCCACCGUGAAGGGGCGUCUCCCGCCCCAUGGCGUGUCCCCCAGGGAAGGUGGUCACAUGACCGAUCAGAGGGCCAAAGCAGUGUUGAAAGAAGCAGUGGAUGCCGUCGUCAACAGUUUCGCAAAACACACCCAAGGAUAUGGACGAGUAAAUGUAGUCGAAGCCUUGCAAGAAUUCUGGCAGAUGAAGGCCACCAGAGGAACCGAGCUAAAGAACGGCCCGAUCGUUGUAUAUGAGUCCGUCCCCUCGUCCAGUGCACCAUACGUCUGUUUUGUGACCCUCCCAGGUGGGAGCUGUUUUGCUAGUUUUCAGGACUGUCCCACCAAGGCUGAGGCUAGACGAAGUGCCGCUAAGAUCGCCCUGAUGAAUUCUGUCUUCAAUGAACACCCAACCAGGAAGAUCACAGACAAGUUCAUACAGCAGGCGGUGACUGAUGCUAAGAAAUCAUUUGAGGGGCCUAUUGAGGAUGAGCAAGAUCCCAGUACCAGUCUCGGUGCCUUCCGCUUCAUGCUGGAAGCCAACCGCGGGAAGUCCAUGCUGGAGUUCCAAGAACUGAUGACCGUGUUCCAACUUCUCCACUGGAACGGAAGCCUGAAAGCGAUGCGGGAGCGCGACUGCUCCCGACAGGAGGUCCUCGCCCACUACUCCCACCGGGCGCUGGACGACGAUAUGCGGUCGCAGAUGGCGCUGGACUGGAUCUCGCGGGAGCAGGAGAUGGCGAACAUCAUCGCCCGGGAGCUGGCGGUCGCGGACGAGGAGAUCGAGCGGGCAAGGCAUGCCGGGAGAGAGCUGAGGUUCCCGAAAGAGAAAAAAGACAUUCUGAUGCUGGCCUGUAGCCAAAUUGGACCGCUGUAAUAUUCCUGUUCAUGAUAGCUCUAAUGAGUGAUUGUAUUGCC